GCAUCUCACCGUGCAAGUGAGGAAGGAUGCAGUGGUACUCGGCCGCUGCUCUUCUUACCAUUCUUACUAGUUCUCAGGGAAUUUUGACAACACUAUCACAAAGUAAUGGAGGAUACAAAUAUGAUUAUGCUACAGUUCCUUUUCUCGCUGAAGUUUUUAAGCUUCUGGUAUCUAGUUUUCUCCUUUGGAGAGAGUGCCAAUCAUCACCUCUUCCAAGGAUGACUAUAGAAUGGAAAAGUGUGCGGCUGUUCCCCAUUCCAUCUAUUAUAUACCUAAUCCACAACAAUGUUCAAUUUGCUACUCUAACUUACAUGGAUACGUCUACAUAUCAGAUAAUGGGUAAUCUGAAGAUUGUCACAACUGGGAUUUUAUUCAGGCUGUUUCUGAAGAGGAAACUAUAUACUCUACAGUGGAUGGCAAUUGUUCUAUUAGCUGUUGGUACAACUACAAGCCAGAUUAAAGGUUGUGGAGAGAUUUCAUGUGACUCACUUUUCUCAGCACCAGUCCAAGGAUACAUGUUGGGAAUCCUCUCCGCUUGUCUUUCAGCAUUAGCCGGUGUUUAUACAGAAUUUCUGAUGAAGAAGAACAAUGAUAGCCUGUACUGGCAGAACAUACAAUUGUAUACUUUUGGUGCAAUCUUCAACAUGGCACGGCUUCUCCUUGAUGAUUUUAGAGGUGGAUUUGAGAAGGGACCAUGGUGGCAACGCCUGUUUGAUGGUUACAGUGUUACAACAUGGAUGGUGGUAUUAAAUCUGGGAUCAUCAGGAUUGCUAGUAUCAUGGUUAAUGAAGUAUGCAGACAAUAUAGUCAAGGUAUACUCCACUUCAAUGGCAAUGCUGCUGACAAUGGUUUUAUCUGUAUAUCUCUUCAAUUUCAAACCCACAUUGCAGCUUUUCUUGGGUAUUAUUAUCUGCAUGAUGUCACUACAUAUGUACUUUGCCCCUCCAAACAUGCUUGUAGACUUGCCUUUGACUGUAAAGGCAUCACCAGAGAGUCUUAAUGAAAUUUCUGUGGAUCGAACAACAAAUUCUUGAUGUGGGUCAUUGCUGGGGGAACGGAAGAAUCAUUUUUCAUCCAAUGCAUUUGAAUGGACAAGAAACACAUACUACUGUUGAACCAUACAAUGUCACAGGAUCACCUACAUUGAUAUAUCCUCAUCAAUGGAGACUGUCCAAUUAAUGUGAGUUGUCUAUGAGUUCAAUCGUUCUUUCCAAUUGUCACUUUACUAAUAUCAUAUGAUUAGUCGUGUUCCUUUGAUCUGACAGACAGAUACACCAGUGAUUUCGAUGGUCUAAUUUCCAAUGUUUGGAUCUUCUAAUUAGAUUGCUUUGGAGGUAAGGUGAUUUACUUUCUUAAGGUUGUAGCAGCGACCACUUGGAGUUUGGAAGUGCUGCUCACCAGCACUUGAAGUCUGAAGAGAAAAAGACAAAAUCUUAUUAUGUUUGGGUUGUUGGGCACAAGCCUACCAAAAUGAUAGAAUUCUUUGAAGAAUACUAGAUUCUAGUUUCUUGGAUGGUGAACCCAUGUGGAUACCACGUGAAAUUAAACAAUCUCAUUAUUUAAUUAUAGCCCUUAUGCAUUUUAGAGCACUA